AGGCGCACAACACAAGCUACGAAGUAAACACCAUGAAGAAGAGCUCGUCGCUGCUCGUCCUACUCGUGGCCCUGGCCGCCGGCAUCGCCGCCGCCGCCGCCGACCAGGCGCCGGCGGCAGCGGCAGUCGACACGGUAGCCGACACCUGCAACGCGAUCCGCAACCUGGUGGACUACGCCUUCUGCACCGCCGCCCUGCGCUCCGCCGGACCGGGGUCCGACCGGCACGCGCACCUGCUCCUCGCCGCCGACCAAGCCUCCUCCCGGGCCGCCUCCGCGGGCGCCGCCGCGUCGGCCUUGGCGCGGUCCGGGGAUCUCAGCGACGACGCCCGCGACGGGCUGGAGGCGUGCGCGUUCCUGUACGGGGCGUCGUCGGCGCCGGCGCUGCGGCUGCUGCGCGGGUACGCGGCGGCGCGGGCGCUGGAGCGCGCCAGGUCGCUGCUGCUGUUGGCGGCGCAGGGCGGGAUCGGGUGCGAGGCGGCGUUCGGCAAGGGGAAGGGCGCGGAGGAGGCCAAGGGGAAGAUGGCGGCGGCGAACCGCGAGUUCGAGCAGCUCAACACCCUGGCCACCGCGCUAGUCAACAACCAGGCCUAGCUAGCUUGCUGACGUGCCACGGUGACGCACGUACACGCACACGCUCAUUUGUGUGGGCCGAGUUUGAGAUGAUACGGAGAUCUUGAAUUUCGGAUGGAUGCUAAUAAUAAUCAUGGGUAAACUAGUCAAAAACCGUGCGUUGCUACGGAAAAUAAAUUACGAAUACAAAGCACCAAAAUGAAUGAUCACAACAUUGUGAAAACAGGACAAUCUUCCGAUGGUGCAUCUA